CACGCGCAUCGCGACAAACAUCCUUCCAUCUCACGCGCGCAAUCUCCCAAGACGCCAUCAACAUGCCUCCCAGAGCCUUCACCAACCCGGCGCCCAAGACCGAGAGCGCUCGCGAAGCCGCCAAGAAUUUCUUCUGCGAGCUCUGCCAGAAGGGCUAUGCCCGCUCGAACGAAUAUGAGACGCACUUGACUUCGCGCGACCACCAAUCGCAGGUUCGCAACCUGCCCACACGUCUCAAGGAGAUGAAGCAGAUGCAGCGCGACCCCAUGGCCGCCGAGAAGGCUCGCCGCGCCGAGCGCAAGGCCAACGAGGAGUCCGGCCUCGUCAAGAUCGAUCUCAGGAAGCCCGGCGGUGAGGCGAAGAAGGGCGGCUUCAAGAAGGGUGGCUUCAAGAGCGCCUUCGGCGAGCCGGAGAAGGACGAGGAGACACCCGUUCCUCCCAAGAAGGGCGGUUUCAAGAAGGCGUUUGGCGGAGAUGAGGACACCAAGGAGGAAAGGAAGGAGACUGUCGUGCCCAAGCUGGCCGACGAGGAGGAAGACGACUCGGAUCUCAGUGACGUGGAUUAUGAGCUGUACGAUCCCAACCACGGCACGCUUUGCAUCGACACCGCCUGCAAGACGUGCUACCCCAACGGUGCUUGA